AUGAGCGCUACCGUCGUGCUCGGGUCGCAGUGGGGCGACGAGGGCAAAGGCAAGCUCGUCGACAUCCUCAGCGCCGACUUCGACAUCUGCGCGCGCUGCGCCGGUGGAAACAAUGCCGGACACACGAUCGUCACGUUCGCGUUCCACCUCCUCCCAUCCGGCCUCGUGAACCCCCAGUGCACCGGCCUCAUCGGAAAUGGCGUCGUCGUGCACAUCCCUUCGUUCUUCGCUGAGCUCGACGCGCUGCAGGCGCAAGGUCUCGACUGCACCGGCCGCCUGUUCAUCUCCGACCGCACGCAAAUCGUGUUCGACUUCCACCAGAUCGUCGACGGACUCAAGGAGGUUGAACUCGGUGGCUCCAGCAUCGGCACCACCAAGAAGGGCAUCGGUCCGGCGUACUCGUCCAAGGCCUCGCGCUCCGGCCUGCGCGUGCACCAUCUGUUCGACCACGAGACGUUCGCUGCCAAGUUCCGGAAGCUCGUCGAGGGCCGGUUCAAGCGCUACGGGCACUUCGAGUACGAUACCGAAGGCGAGAUCCUUCGCUACAAGGAACUUGCCGAGAGGCUUCGGCCGUACGUUAUUGAUAGCGUUGUCUAUAUCCACAAAGCCUUGUCCGAAGGCAAGAAGGUCCUUGUCGAGGGCGCCAAUGCGUUGAUGCUGGAUAUCGACUUCGGCACUUAUCCUUUCGUCACGUCCUCUUCCACCACAGUCGGUGGAGUAUGCACUGGACUGGGUAUCCCGCCCAAGAAGAUCGGGACCGCCAUCGGUGUCAUCAAGGCGUACACCACCCGUGUGGGAGGCGGCCCCUUCCCUACCGAGCAGCUCAACGACAUCGGGGUGCACCUCCAAGAGGUCGGUCGCGAGUUCGGAACCACAACAGGCCGGAGGAGACGCUGUGGGUGGCUAGACUUGGUGGUCAUGAAGCACUCGUGCAUGAUCAACGGCUACGAUAGCCUUAACUUGACCAAGUUGGACAUCCUCGAUGACCUGGACGAGAUCAAGGUGGCUGUCAAGUAUCUGGUGGAUGAGAAGGAGCUGCCUGGAUUCCCUGCCGACCUCGAAGUGCUGGCCAAGGUCGAUGUGGUGUAUUUGACGCUUCCUGGGUGGAAGCAGUCGAUUGUGUCCGCAAGGUCGAUAGACGAUCUGCCGGGCAACUGCCAGAAGUACAUAGGGUUCAUUGAGCGGUUCCUGGGCGUGCCGAUAGAGUGGAUCGGGGUCGGUCCGGGGCGGGAGAGCAUGGUGAAGAAGGUGGGGAUGCUGGCAGUGUAG